AGGGCCAACGUAUCUCGCACAAUGGACCUGGAUCUAUUUUUCAAAAAAGACUUCUUGCAGUUCACUGGAAGCUUCAAGGAACGUGGAGCCAGAUACACCCUCAAGAUGUUACAGUCUUCCAAGUCGGGUCAGCAGCACAGUCGGAAUGGUGUUGUGGCUGCAUCUGCUGGCAACCAUGCACUGGCCCUCAGCUAUCAUGGUGCAGAUCUGGGCAUCCCUGUCACUGUGGUCAUGCCCAAGUCAGCGCCCAUCAUGAAGGUGGAGGCAUGCAAGUCAUUUGGUGCCACAGUCAUGAAUCAUGGCUGUGACUUGAGUGAGGCCAAGGCAUUUGCCAUGGCUUAUGCAAAGCGCAAUGACAUGCUCUACCUCAAUGGUUAUGAUCACCCACACAUCUUGGCUGGCCAGGGCACCAUUGCUCUUGAGAUCAUGGAGCAAGUGAAGAACAUUGAUGCUGUUGUGAUCCCAGUUGGGGGUGGUGGACUCCUUGCUGGUUGUGCCCUUGCCUUCAAAACACUCAGACCAGAAAUCAUGAUAAUUGGUGCUGAAGCAGAAAACUGCCCAGGAUUUGCAGCAGCCCUGGAUGCAGGCGAGCCAAUAUUCACACCUGUGAAGCCAAGCCUUGCAGAUGGAUUGGCUGUGCCAGUUGUUGGAGUGAAUGCAUUUGCAACAGCCAAGGACCUGGUUGACAAAAUGGUUAAAGUGAAGGAUGAAUGGAUUGCCAUUGCCAUUUUGCGGCUUGUUGAGAUGGAGAAGGCAGUGGUGGAAGGUGCUGGGGCCAUUGGGUUUGCAGCUUUGCUCCAGGGACUCUUGCCUGAACUCAGUGGCAAAAGAGUGGUGGUGCCAUUGUGUGGUGGCAACAUUGACACCACAGUGUUGGGCCGUUGUAUGGAGCGUGGACUGGCAGUGGAUGGACGACUUGUCAAAUUCAUUGCCAUGGUGAGUGACCUACCUGGUGGAAUAGCUGGACUCACAAGGCUCAUUGCAGAUGCUGGUGUGUCCAUCAAAGACAUGGCUCAUGAGAGGGCAUGGGUUCGUGGCAAUGUUUUCCACACCAAUAGGAUGCCGAUUCAGGCAUUGGAGAGGAUCCUCAUUGGUGAUGAGUGUGUCAAAUUGCCAGUGCCUUAG